AUUCAAGAGACCAGUGUUGACCAGGAUAAGGAAAAAAUUAAGUUACACGCUCACAGGCACCUGGAGCCUGCAAAGAAUGCAGUUGACUACCAAGUGGCUGAGUCAAGUUGUGUCAAACUGCGUCACCCGAAUAGUCAGAAGUUAAAUUCAAGAUCCAGUGCGGCUUUGGUGCAGCGCUUAGGAGAAGACACCAAACGUCAGGCUAUUUUUCUAGCUUCUUUAUCAGAUUCAGAAAGUUUCCUGAAGGACAGUCAAGUGCAUACUGAGUCAGAGUUUCAAGACCGUGAAAUGAGUGGGACUUCAUUUACAAGGCAACCGGUCAUACAAGAACCAUCAGUUAACGGCGAGGUAAUGCACACAGUAAAGACUAUUGAUUCAUCAACAUCUACGGCUCCAACUUCACAAAUUCCUUAUGUUCAAAAACCAAGUGAUGGUGAGUAA